UGGGUGUGUCUUGCUGGAUCCCUUGGUGUGGGUUAAGUUAUGCGGGAGGUGGGGAAGCCACGCAUUCAAGAAAGUUUCAAUGCAAAAUACAGAGAAUAGAAAGAGGCUGACAACUAAUCACACAACUGGAAGAAAAUCGUUUGUGAGAAUACUAGAGGAGCAGUCACCUACAAGCAACCUAGUGGACUUUUACAAGGAAGUUCGUUGGUCUAAGAAGAAGGACCAGUUUGUGUCGCCCACAACAGAAGAACUUUAUCACAAAAUGGUUGGAAAGUUGUCUGAUUUGGAACCCGAAGUUCGUACAACAGAGGCAACAACAUGGGUUUUUAGAGAUGUUUUGGGACAUAAGUCUGGGUAUGCUAAAGGUUUAGGAGAGAUGAUAAUACCAGAGUCUAUCCAAAAACAAGACAGCGAACGUGAUAAACAAUAUGUUGAAGUAGUAAAAGAGGCUGCAUACUAUAAGAAUGAGGUUGCAGAAUUACGGGGAGAUGUGAGGGUCCUUUUGGAGAGACAACAAGAGUAUGACAAGUUGAUAAACAUGUUAAUGUCCGAGAGGCAGUCACGGGGAGAUUCUCUCCCUAUUGCUUAGGAUAUUAGGUCCUCCAAGCUCUAAUAAAACAUUUUGUGUUUUUUGAGAUUGAUGUGCUAGCAUCCUUUUGCAGGAAUCAGUAUUUUGCUUUUGAGGCUAGAGGUAAUGGGUUCUAGUUACAGUGUAGUAACCUAGUUGGGCUUGCAAUAUUUUCUAACUUUUGGAGGGUCAACCAAACGUCGUGAAGUGGAAUUGAUGGCUAUAUGGUUUGAUGCAAGAGAUGGGAGAUGCAUAUUAAUCAUGUGUUAUAAAGUGAUGUUUGUUGAAAGUGGAUGUGGUUAUGCAUGUGAGACUUGUCAGCAUUGAGUUUGAGAAGAAUGAUUGUGGAUGGCUUUUGUAAAUUCCAAACUUUUAGUGAACAAAUGAAAGGCAACAUCAAGUUAUGGGUAGAUGAUAAGUAUAACCAUCCAAGAAGAUUCUUUGUCUAUGGGCUCACAUGAUUGAGAAGCAAUAUGGUACAAUGAUAAAGUAGAUGCAACACCAACUUCAGAUCAAGUAAGCAGCCCAGCUGGAGAUAGAUUCCAAAUAUAAGGUUAAUUAUGCUAGCAUAUAGGGACUUAUUUCCUACAUAGAUGGAGGAAUAUCAUGUGACAAGUCAUAUGUUUAGUACUUAAUAUGGAUCUGUUACUUUAUUAAUGUAAAUAUUAGACUUGUUGAUAUUAUAUCCAGUAUGCAUUGAGAUGUUGA